CACGUGGAUCGGUUGCCAGACAGUCGAGCGUCGUCGGUGCCGUUUCUACUGCCACCACCACUCGAUCUACCGCGACCAUUCGUUGCCUGUCCAAGUCGUGCCUCGUUUACCACACGGGUUAAGCCUGCACACCACCACUUGUAUUAUAUCCACAAAGGCAUAACACACACAAGAAUUCAUAUACGAUUAUAUUCAUAUAAGAUUCAAGAGUAUUGAACGGUCUGCAAACGGACUUCAAAGUCCGAUCGUCCGCGACCGCUGCAAAUCGCGCGGAGGACAUGGACAAGAGAGAAGAACAGAAAAAUACGUCCGAGGCUGUCGCAAACCGCGCAGUGGAUGAAUGCGGAUCACCACCUGCUGACAAAAGCGGUGCACUUGACCGCAGUUCAUCCACAGCCAUCGCAGAUAAUAAGGUGGAAAAGCGAGGGACAACCGGAGACGGCGGACCGGAAGUAAAUGACGAGAACGUAAAUGAUUCGGACAUGCCGCUGGACGAGGUGGACGGCGUAAUGCUUAGCGAAGGGAAGAGCAAGAUAUUUCGGCUAGAAGGUGCGGUUUAUUCAAUUGGUUUAUCGGAUGAUUAUAACGAAAAACUAUAAAUACACAGUUAAUCAUCACCAUUCAAACAACACUAUCUAAAAUUUAUUAAACAGUUUAUUUUAUAAAUAAAAAAUAUAGAUUAUAAUUAGAGCUUUUUCAAUUUAUAUAAUAUAACAGUUAAGAGCAUCAAAAAAACAAUAUUAUCUUUUCAGAUGAAUUAAAAUAAUUAUAAAAUAAUUGUUUCAAUAAAAUCAAAUGUGUUUAUAUAUUAUUUAACAAAGGUAUAGUAACAUGUAUGGUAUAUACUUCAUCCUUUUUAUUUUGACGGGUUAUACAUAGGAGAUAUACGAAGAAAUUGUUCAAAAAAAAAUAACUAAAAUGUAUUAAAAUGGUAUACAAGUACCUAUAAAAUGGUAUAUGUGGGAAUGCACUAUAACUUUUUUGUACUAUAAAAAUAUAUAACGCAACAUGAAAUAACUGUUUUUCUGCGUAGCUGACUAGAAAAUAAU